AUGUCUAAGACCAAGUCCGUUACCAAGAAGGGCUCUGAGAAGCCCGUUGCCAAGACCUUGAGCAAGGUCAAGGACGCCGGUGUCACCAAGGCUUCUCAGUCCCCCAAGGCUAAGAGCAAGAAGGUGGCUCGUGAGGUUAUGGAUUCUUCCAGCUCCAGCUCCAGCGAGAGUGAGGACGAGAAGCCCGCCAAGAAGCAGGCUGUGAAGAAGACCGAGAAGAAGGCUGAGUCCUCUUCCUCUGAGUCCGAGUCUGACUCUUCCUCCGACUCUGACAGCGAUGAGGAGAUGGAGGAUGCCUCCAGCGAGAGCGAGGAGGAGAAGCCCGCCAAGAAGACCGAGAAGGCUGCCCCCAAGAAGGCCGCUAAGAAGGACGAGUCUUCUUCCGAGUCUUCUGAGUCCUCCGACUCUUCUGACUCCGAGUCUGAGUCUGAGGAUGAGAAGCCUGCCAAGAAGGAGGAGAAGAAGGUCGAAAAGCCCAAGGCCAAGGCCGCUGAGUCUUCCGACUCUUCCGAGUCCGAGUCCGAGUCCGAGUCUUCUGAUUCUGAUUCUGAUGAGGAGGAGGAGGAGGCUCCUAAGAAGGCUGCCGCCAAGGAGUCCAGCGAUAGCGACUCUGACUCCGACUCUGAGCCAAGAAGGUAA